AACAUCUCCACGUAACCGCUUAGAUUCUUCAUUUGUAGCAUGAGGUUUUAGCAAGAAUCGUUGUUUUUGUUUUUGGAGCAUUUUUGAAAUGGAAAACAACUGUGGGAUAAUGGGGUUAAGAGAAGAUGAAAUUGAGCUAGACCUGGGAUUAUCAAUCGGAGGAAGCUUUGGAAAAGCCGAGAAACUAAAGCCCAUAAAAGACGAACCAAAACCCAGCAAUAACUCCGUCGCAGAUCUCGAAGAAAGCGUUGUUUUUGAUCCCCAAGCGAAACGUGAGGUUCAAGCUUUGAGGCGACAAGAAGCGAGGAAGAAGAGAGAACACAAGCAGCAAAAGAGAGGAAUACAUCACCGGAGCGGCGAGUUUCAAAGCAAAGACAACGGCGCCGGUGCAAUGGAAGAUAAUGAAUGCAAGAAAACCAGAGUUGAAGAGUUUUCCGGUAACGUAAAUCCUAAUUCGAGCGGCGAGCUGAAUAACCUGUUGGUAUGUCCGGUAAUCCCGGUUCGGGUCCCGGACCCGUAUCCGCAGAUCCAGUUCGUGCCGCUCGCCACUGGGUUUGCGUAUUCUUGCGUAAACGCGGUGCCUUGUUGGGGUGAUGUAGUUGGGAAUGAGAAGGACGUUGUGCAGCCGCUGGUUGUGGCUGUGAACGACGGGUUCCCGUCCUUUCAGACGACUCGAGUUUCGGGUCAGAAUGGUGUAAAUGGAUAUUAUUCAGAACAGAAUAUUAGCAGAGAUGAAAGGAAGAAGAAAACAUGCUCAAACGGGUCUACAAUGUAUAGUUCCUCUGCGGGUUCGGAUCUUCAAAGCUCUUCUAAAUCUAAUCAAGGUGGUUGCAGCAGUGAAACAGGAAUCCCCACUCCACAAAUGAAUUGUUCAGUGGCAAGCAAUCCUAAGGGCCAUUCUGAACAAAGCGCUACUUCUCGCCAAACGGACUACGCCCAAAGCAUCGAGAAAACACCAUCAUUGAAUGUCACAGCGUGCACUUUAUCGAAUCCGAAGAAAGAGCCCAAACCCCAAACCGAAUCCGAUGUUAACAGCAAAACCGUUUCGACAAACGAAACUGCAACAACGAUCUCAAAAGAUACCAAGGGAAAGCCUCCUAGGCCUCGAACUCCACCGCCUACUAGCGACCACGUCCUUGGCCUUCGGAACAUGCCUUGCGUCUCGACGAGGGGCAAUGGCCCCAAUGGUAAAACCGUCAAUGGUUUUCUAUACAGAUACACGAAUUCCGAAGUCUGCAUCAUCUGUGUCUGCCAUGGAACUUCGUUUACCCCGGCCGAGUUCGUGCAGCACGCUGGUGGUACCGAUGUUUCUCAUCCUCUCAGACACAUCACUAUGGUUCCCGCCGCCUUUUAGUGGAAGACAACAAAUGUAUAGCCAUAUUCCUGAUUGUUUUGCCUGUUUUCUAGACCAUGUUUUUCCCCCCAGGCAAAACGGCUUCUAACAGCAUUAAUUUGACAAGAAGAUUUUAGGUCAGUUUCUUCAUGUGUUGUUUUCUUUUAAUUU